AUGCUACAAUCAUCUCAAACCGUGCGCCUCGCAAGGUUGAGAGCUCAACUUGGAAGCAGACGACUGGCUUCUCAUGGGGCACCUCAAUUCAAUGAACCUUCUGGCUACCUUUUUGGCGAAAAGCCGCUAGCACCUGGUCAGAAGCGCGUGAAGGAAAGUUGGGAGAAUAUCUGGUACAUUGGGAUGUUUGGAUCGAUGGCAUUUGCUGCAGUUAUGCUAUACUACAAGCCAGAUAAUGGUGUCGAAUCCUGGGCUCUUCGCGAAGCAAAGGAACGAAUGGAAGCGCGGGGCGAGAAAUACAAGUAUGAACCGGUAUCGUCGUCGUCGUCAUCUUAG